CUCACAGCUGGUUUUUGCUUUGAUGGAAACUCAACUACCAUAAAAAUCAAAUCUUUUUAUUUCUCUUAGUUAAUUUCUUGAAAUUACGUUGGUUUUGGGGAGAGAGAGGUGAAUUCUGUCAAUGGAGGUGCCAAUUGGGUUUGUGGCCAAGUGUUGGAGCUUCAUCUCCUUCCUGCCCUUCUUCUUCUCUCUCUUCAUUCUUGGCUUUCUCAAAGGGUUGAUUAUAUGCCCAAUUGCUGUAACCAUCAUUGCAGUUGGAAACUCUGCAGUUGUAAUAGGUCUUUGGCUUGCACAUUUUCUCUGGACAUACUACUGUGUUGCAAAAAGCAAAAGAGUUGGAUGGGUUUUGAAGAGUCUAGUGUUGGUCUCAUUGCCUCUCCCCUUGAUCCUAUGGCCUAUCAUGGCCAUUGUUGGCAGCAUUAUUGGUGGGGUCGGGUAUGGAUUUUUCGCCCCGUUGAUUGCAACAUUCGAGGCUGUUGGAGCCAAUGUCACCGAUAAAGCCUACCACUGCUUCAUUGAUGGCUGUUUUUCAACAAUUGAGAGUAGUUGUACAGUUGUUAGGGAUUUUACAGAUUUCUGCUUCCACUCUUACUUCUCCUACAUGGAUGAACUGAGCAAAGAUGUGAACGAGGACGAGAAACCUAUAGACAUAGAGUUAUGGAGGGUUCCUGGGUGUUUGUUAGUUUCGACUAUUGCCGUUCUGGUAGAUGUUCCUCUUAUCACUGCGGUAGCUCUUUGGAAGAGUCCAUAUAUGUUGUUUAGGGGAUGGAAGAGGCUAUUAGAGGAUCUCGUUGGCAGGGAAGGACCUUUUCUUGAAACUGUGUGCGUACCGUUUGCCGGUCUAGCAAUCCUUCUGUGGCCGUUGGCUGUCUUAGGCGCCUUCAUAGCUGCUUUGUUCUCAAGUUUUUUCCUCGGUCUUUAUGCUGGAGUCGUCGUCCACCAGGAAGAGUCGCUUCAGAUGGGUCUUGCUUACAUUGUGGCAGUGAUUUCGCUGUUUGAUGAAUACGCGAAUGACUUACUUUCUUUGUCGGAGGGUUCAUGCUUUCCCAGGCCUCAGUACCGUCGAAGGAUGAAGCCUUCAACCGGACUGGAGAAAGGGAGGUCCCUCGACAGCCAAGACGAGAGAGAAGGAUCCCGCUCACGGUCUUCUAAGCUGGUUUCGGAAGGAUCUAGAACGCUCAAACAAGCUAUUCAACGGUACACACCAGUGCAAGUAUGGGAUUGGCUCUUUAAGUCGUGUGAGGUGAACGGGAAACUUCUCCUCGGAGAAGGGCUAAUAAGCGUUAAAGAUAUUCAAGACUGUAUGGUGAAAGGGGACUGUAAGAAGCUCGGCAUCGAGCUGCCUUCUUGGUGCAUCUUACAGUGUCUACUCACCUCAGCAAAGUCAGAAUCCUCUGGUUUGAUCAUAUCAGAGGAAAUGGAAUUAACGAGAUUCAACUUGCCAAGAGACAAAGUGUUCGAGUGGUUUAUCGGGCCGCUCUUCACCAUGAAGGAGCAGAUAAAGGGUUUGCAGUUGCAGGAGGACGAGGAGAGCUGCCUGAGAAAGCUCGUUUUAGCCUGCAACAACGAUAGGCCGGAAGACUGGGACAACACCGGAUUCCCGUCUACAGACAAAGUGAGAAGAGCACAACUGCAGGCUGUGAUUAGGAGGCUGCAAGGAAUCGUCGGUUCCAUGUCGCGACUGCCCACUUUCAGACGGCGCUUCAGGAAUCUAGUGAAGGUGUUAUACGUGGAGGCGAUUCAGACGGGCAUUCCGGCCAAGCACCCCAACGGCUCGUCAAGAAUACGUUUGUUUAUUCGAGGCGGGAAAAGAGACAAGAAUGGAGCCCAAGAUGACAUGGUGUGACCAAUUCUAUUUCCAUUUCCACUAGUAUAGUUUUGUAUGUAACAGAUUUCAAUAAAUCUACUACCUGUUUAACUGCUAAGCAAAAAAACACUUGCCAUUCAACUA